AUGGCCCCCCGUAAGGCCAGCGCCGCCGCAUCUGCCUCGGCGGCUGCCGCAUCGCCAGCGCGCGCACCCGCCCCGGCCGCCGCCCCAGCAGUCGCUCCUGCUGCUGCUGCUGUCGAGCAGGUCGCUGCCCCUGCUGCUGCUGACCCCGACGCGCCCAUUACUUGGGACAAGCGAAAGCUCGCAUACCCGCUCCCCCACUUCUCGAGGGAGACGAUCGACAACACCGAGUCGUUCCUCCGUUUUGUCAUUCUCGCGUUCAUCUGCGGCGCAGCGGUUGCCAGCCGUCUCUUUGCCGUCAUUCGCUUUGAGAGUAUUAUCCACGAGUUUGACCCCUGGUUCAACUAUCGCGCAACCAAGGUCCUCGUGGAGCGUGGAUUCUAUGAGUUCUGGAACUGGUUUGACCCCACUGCUUGGUACCCUCUCGGUCGUACCGUCGGUGGCACCGUCUACCCCGGUAUUAUGGUGACGUCGGGUGUCAUCUGGAGCUUCCUCCAGUGGAUCAACAUGCCCGUCGACAUUCGCAACGUCUGUGUCCUCCUCGCACCCGGCUUCUCCGGUUGA